AUGCGCGCGUACUAUUACAACGAGGAAGACAAUUCCGACCCACGAGAACCACACGAAUUUAGCCCUUCUUCUCCUGUGACUCCAGAAGAAUUAGCACAACUUGGCGUGGUUUAUUGUCGUAUAGAAAUUGAAAACUAUGAAAAUGAGAUUAAUAGAAUUGCUAAGGAACGGGAUUAUAAGAAUCGGGAUGUUAUUAAUUGUUCGAAGGAAGGUCUUGGGGAAUUGUAUGAAAGCAAGCUAAAGACUUUUUUUGAAGAACAUCUUCAUGAAGACGAAGAAAUUCGAUUCAUUCUUGAUGGAAGUGGAUAUUUUGAUGUUCGAGAUCAAAGAGAUCGCUGGAUUCGCAUUGUUGUUGUUCCUGGAGACUUGAUCGUUUUGCCUGCGGGAAUAUAUCAUCGUUUUACCCUCGACAAUAAUAAUUUCAUCAAGGCUUUACGUCUUUUCAAAGAAGAACCGAAAUGGACACCGAUAAAUCGCCCAGCCGACAAUAAUCCUUUCCGAAUUCAAUACCUAAAGUCAAUUGCGUUACCAUAA